AUGUUCCCAACCCCUCCACCCACGCGAAGUAUCAGUAGUAGGCAGCAAGGAGGAUCGUCUGGACAUGGCUCGAUGAGUUCUGCCGGUUCCCGAAUUUCAACUCAGGAUGCCUUCAGAAUGGGUGGCCCUGGACUGCUGCCUUCUUGGCCAGUCCAGAUGGGCGUCUCCGAAGGAUUAUCUGAGCAGUUCCGUGAACGACUAAUGAAUCUUGCGUUGGAAUACCUUGGGAGGUACCAGUUGAGCUACCACCGUUUGAUGGUGGUCCGGCGGUACUCUGAAGGUCUGAACCCGACUCCCGCGGACAAUACUCUAUAUAUCUCGCUUUACACUCCAUCCAAUGACAACUGGGUAAAGGCUCUGGAUGAUAUACUCUCAGCAAUGGAGCCCUUGCACUUCCCUGGAAGGGUCGAGAUGAUUGACCAUAGAGCCCUGGGGGGCAUGAAAACGUUCUCCCCCAAUACACCAGACCAGCUAGUCCAAGAAUGGGAGCAAAUACAAUCGGUCAUCAUUCGCCGUCUGGACUCCAUUCAAACAAACUGGAAAGCAAUAAUGCUUCUAAAGAGGGGAUAUUGGGAAGAAGUUGCUGUCAAUACGAUAGUGAUCAAAGCAUCCAUCCCAUCAAGAGCGUUGGCAAUCUCUACGCGUGAUCGAGUGGCUUUUGACAUCGACAAUGUCCUCGAACGAUUUGAUCUUCAAGUUGAAAUAGUGAGAUCUGAUCUUAUGUGGGGCGCGUUUGCUGAGACACCAUCUACAGACUCAGGAAACCCCAGCCUUGGGUGGCCAUUCACAAACAUCUACAAUCUAAUGGGGAUGAGUAUAGCCAGAGCCGAUACCCCAAAUAUGACAGGAACGCUGGGUGGUUACUUGUGCUUUACAGACGCUGCUGGUUGCGAACAAUUCCUUGGGCUAACUUGUUACCAUGUCAUCGGAAAAGGCCCUGAUGGUGAAGCUGACUCCGGCUCCGAUAUACAGGCCGCCAUUGCUUAUAUCACGCAAAAGAUGGGCUCACCCUCAGAAAAUACUGGAGUGAGGAGUGAGGUGUACCGGGAGAUAGGAAGGCAAGCUAAUGAAGCUAGAGAGAGGGAGUUAAAUGAGAUCCGGUCCUUCAAUCCCAACAUUGGAACCGUGGUUGCCACAUCAGGUCUUAAAAAUAGAUCCCUACAUUCGGGGCUUGGUUCACCUUUGAUCUUGAUGGACUGGGCUCUCGUUCAUAUCAAGAAUGGACGGAAAUCAUUAAACUACAUUGCUGAAACCGCACCUGCUGAUACACCUUUAUGGAAACCAGAAACUCAGUUUGCUAUUAAAGGAGCUCCCAUACCCAAUUCCCAGAAUCCAGUUGUGAAGAAGGGUCGCACAACAGGCGCAACAUCUGGAAUACUAAGUGGACUUGUACAUGCUGCAUUACGCAUAUCAGGUUUCCCUGCCGGCCUGCACCACCGCGGUUGGGUAAUUGUGAACGAGAACAUGCCUUUUGCAAAACACGGGGAUUCGGGUGCAUGGGUAUUGAAUAUGUCUGGGCAAGUAGUUGGAAUGAUUUUUGCCGGUGACAAAGCCGAUGGGACUACAUUAAUCGCACCUAUGGACCUUAUCGUCAAAGACAUAGAGGACAAAGUGGGGAUCCCAAGAGGCUCCUUAAGAUUGCAAGAUUGA